CGCAGGACUUCUGCAGGCGAUUUUAGCCAUAUUACUGAGGGGCCGUGAACAUCCAACCAGCUCCCCCACGGCUCACAGACCCGGUCAUUGGAAACAACUCUGAACGCUCCGUGGUAGAUCAGGAACUGCCGAGUUCAUCCGCAAUCUGGCAUCUUCUGCUUCAUAUUAUAAGGUCGGAAACCACUCCGAUCACUGGAGCCAUGAAGUCGGCCUCGCAAUUGUUCUACCUCUCCCUCUUCGCGCUCUGGGGACCACAUAUCCAAUGUCAGAAUCCACAGAGCUCUCAAGAUGCUUGCGCGAUAUCUCCCAAGGCCAUCGUCAGCGACGCAUGUGCCUCCUAUUCCACGCUCGAGCGGCUCAACCAUAACGUCAAACCCGCAGUUGACGACCUAACCCGAGAUACCGACUUCUUCUCCCACUACCGCCUGAACCUGUUCAACAAGAAAUGCCCCUUCUGGAACGACGAGAAUGGCAUGUGUGGCAACAUUGCCUGCGCCGUGGAGACGCUGGACAAUGAAGAGGACAUCCCCGAGGUCUGGCGAGCUAGGGAGCUAGGAAAACUGGAGGGCCCCCUGGCGAAACAUCCCGGGAGGAAGGCGCAGAAGGAGGAACCACGACGGCCACUCCGAGGCGGCUUGGGCGAAGACGUUGGCGAGAGCUGCGUCGUAGAAUACGACGACGAGUGCGACGAGAGGGAUUAUUGUGUGCCAGAGGAUGAGAGUGCCGCCUCCAAGGGAGACUACGUCAGCCUCCUCCGGAAUCCGGAGAGGUUCACUGGCUAUGCCGGCGACGGCGCGAAGCAGGUGUGGGACGCUAUAUACCGGGAGAACUGCUUCCAAAAGAGUUCCUUCCCCCAUUCGGCAUCCCUCGGUAGCAGGACACAGGCAGAGGGCCCCGCGGCGAUGGAUAUCAAAGCCGUUAUAGAAGCUGCCGGGCGGCAGCAGGCCCUCGAGGAGAAGCGACAGCAGAAUCCGCUGACCCCGUUUGUCGCGAAGACCGGCUUCGAACAUGAGGACGAGUGUUUGGAAAAGCGGGUGUUCUACCGCGUCAUUUCGGGAAUGCACGCGAGCAUCUCAACCCACCUGUGUUGGGACUUCCUGAACCAGACCACCGGCCAGUGGCAACCAAAUGUGGACUGUUACAUCAAUCGCCUGCACGCUUUCCCCGAGCGCAUCAGCAACCUGUAUUUCAACUACGCCCUCCUCACUCGCGCGAUCGCCAAACUCGGCCCCCACCUAUCGCAGGAGAACCUCUACACCUUCUGCACGGGCGAUGCAGAGCAAGAUGCAGAGACGCGAGCCAAGGUCCUCACCGUCAUCGAGAAAGCCUCGAGCGUUCCCCAGAUCUUCGACGAAAGCCUGAUGUUCAAGAACGGCGAGGGCCCAUCACUGAGAGACGACUUUAGGAACCGCUUCCGCAAUGUGAGCCGUCUGAUGGACUGUGUUGGUUGCGACAAGUGCAGGCUCUGGGGCAAGGUCCAGACCGCCGGAUAUGGAACCGCGCUCAAAGUUCUGUUCGAGUUCGACAACAACAGCCCCGAAAUCUCAGUCCUUAAGCGAACGGAGCUGGUGGCCCUGUUCAACACGUACGCACGGCUGAGCAGCAGUCUGAGCGCAAUUCAGCAGUUCAGAAUUAUGGUGGAAGAGAAAGAGCAAGCAGACAAGGUGGAGGAGCACCUUAGGGACUCGGAGAAGAGGAAUGUUAUCCCCGACCGAGCCAAGAAACCGCAUCACGUCAUUGUCUCUCAUCGGCCUGAGCCCGACUCCGGAACUUUUCAAGGAGACGACGAUGGAGAUGAGAGCGAGCUACCUAAGAACCGCGAAAGGACGGUGAAGGAGGACUUUGACGACGAACUCGCCCGGGUCAUGAGGGCAGUCAAGCUGGUCUUCAAGAGCUGGGCCUCAUUCCCGGGGACACUAUACCACAUAGUCACAUCUGAAUCGAAGCGGUUCUGGCAGUACUACAUUGGCCUGCCCGUAUCACCGCGGACCUGGAAGAUUGAGCGACCUAAUUUAGAUGAGCUCUAGGAGAAGCUGCUGUAUUUUGUAUGCGACUUGUUCACAGUAGAGGUCCAUUUGCAUUGCAUCAGGCCCUCGUCCACGGUGGAAAUGGGUGGUCUAUCGGCGUUGGGGCAAUAUUUGACAGGACCGGGCGUUGAAAAGGGAUGGAGGAUGGGCGUAUUGGAGGA